UGAUUCAUCAGCUUUCUUUAUUUCUUUUUCUUGUCAUAUUCCUUCUGCUACACAUUCAUCAAUUCGCUGCUACAUCUGGCAUUAUUUCGUGCUGAAGCCUCCAUUUCCAACCUAAGCCUCUUAACAAUGGCCGUCUUCUCUCUUCCCUUUCAUGCUAUAUUUCUGGCACUCAUUUUCUUCUUCACCUCCCUUGUUGCAGCUCAAUCGCCAGCCAACAGUGGAACGAACUUUUCAUGCCAUGCUGAUUCACCACCUUCCUGUGAAACGUAUGUAUCAUACUAUGCUCAAUCUCCAAACUAUUUGAGUCUAGUGAACGUAUCUGAUUUAUUUGGGAUCAGUCCAUUAUCCAUUGCAAGAGCUAGUAACUUAACGAGUGAAGAUAAUAGGCUGAGUCCAGGCCAACCCUUGCUGGUGCCUGUAACUUGUGGCUGCACCAGAAAUCGCUCUUUCGCCAGUAUAACUUACGAGAUGAAGUCAGGUGAUACCUACUAUUCUGUUUCAACCAUUGGCUUUGAGAAUCUCACGAAUUGGCAUGUAGUGCAAGAGCUUAACCCUGAUCUGGAUCCGUAUCUUUUGCUUGGAGGGGUCAAAGUAGUCUUCCCUUUGUUCUGCAGGUGUGCUUCAAAAAGCCAAUUAGCCAAAGGCAUAAAGUUUUUGAUUACUUACGUUUGGCAACAUAGUGACAAUGUUUCUGCUGUUAGCACCAUGUUUAACGCAUCUGAAAUGGACAUAAUGACAGAGAACAAGUACCAGAACUUCAACUCUGCAGCCAACCUUCCAGUUUUGAUCCCAGUGUCACAGCUUCCAGAUGUUUCCAAAUUUUCUUCAUCACCUGAGAGAAGGGUAAAGAAUCAUCGUCUUUUGGUUAUCAUAGGCAUUACACUGGGAUGCACUCUUCUGAUUGCCGUUAUAACUAUGUUGCUGGUCUGUGUUUAUUGUCCGAGAAAGAAAAAGAUUAAUUUGAAAAAGAGUGCUUCGUUUUUGGAGACAGCAGAUAGGCUACUUUCUGGUGUCUCUGGUUAUGUUAGUAAGCCAACCGUGUAUGAGUUUAGUGUAGUCAUGGAAGCUACCAUGAAUCUUGAUCAACAGUGUAGGAUUGAGGGAUCAGUCUACAAGGCCAAAAUUGACGGGCAGGUCUUAGCAAUAAAAAAAGUGAAGGAAGAUGUCAUGGAGGAGCUAAAGAUCCUGCAGAAGGUAAAUCAUGCGAAUCUGGUGAAAUUAAUGGGUGUCUCAUCAGACACCAAAGAUGGAAACUGUUUCUUGGUUUAUGAAUAUGCUGAAAAUGGAUCUCUAGAUAAUUGGCUGUACCGUAAGUCUUCGGAUGCUUCUGGUUCUGUGUCAUUCCUCACAUGGAGCCAGAGGAUACGCAUUGCACUGGACGUGGCCAUGGGAUUGCAAUACCUGCACGAACACACACAACCAAGAAUAGUCCACAAGGACAUCAGAACAAGUAACGUACUUCUGGACUCGAGUUUCAAGGCGAAGAUAGCCAACUUCUCGAUGGCAAGAACUUCGACGAACCCAGUGAUGUUAAAAACAGAUGUUUUUGCUUUUGGGGUUGUGUUGCUGGAAUUGCUCACAGGGAAGAAAGGCAUGACGAGCAAUGAAAAAGGCGAGGUAGUGAUGUUGUGGAAGCGUAUCAGAGUGAUCUUUGAUGGAGAGGAAGAGAAGAACAAAGAGGAGAGCCUGAGAAGAUGGAUGGAUCCUAGACUGGGGAGCUUCUAUGCCAUUGAUGAAGCUCUGAGCUUGGCCUCCUUGGCCGUGACUUGCACAGCAGAUAAGCCUCUGUCCCGACCAACCAUGGCAGAAGUUGUUCUCAGCCUCUCGUUUCUGAGCCAAUCAUCUAUUGGUGGGUUAGAAGCACAAGUUCAUCAAAUGGCAGGUCCAGUCGCAGUUCGUUGAUUAGAGUUUUUCAAGUUCAACCUGGUCUUUCUGUUUACUGGGUCUCUAGUUAAUAAAUACCAAUCUCUAUGAAGCUUGAUUUUAUUGAAGGUACUAUUUAAGGUUUCAUCAUUAUGUCUCUGAAGAAAACGCCAGAGUCUAACGCUUCUUCCUGUAUCAGAGCUUGAAAUUUAUUCGACGCCAGCUGUAAAUGCCCCAAAAAUAAAA